AUGCGAAUAUGGACUUCGUAGAGGCCAGGCGUCGAGCCCGCGAGGCUUUCAAGGCCACCCAGCUCUCAAUAGAUCAUUUCCUGUUCAAGGUGCCACGCUCUGAUUUAAAAAUAGAGGAGUCCUAUAAGCAAAACUCCAGAGGGAUAGAGAUUUUUUCCAAAAGCUGGAUUCCGGCGACAAGUCCGCCCAAAGCUCUGAUCUGUAUAUGUCAUGGUUAUGGAGAUACUUGUACAUUUUUUGUUGAAGGUAUUGCUGCAAAGCUAGCAUGUUCUGGUUAUGGGGUAUUUGCCAUGGAUUACCCUGGAUUCGGUCUUUCUGAAGGUCUCCAUGGCUACGUACAUAGUUUUGACCAGCUUGUUGAUGAUGUCAUUGAGAAUUUCUCAAAAGUUAAAGAAAAUCAAGAAUGGUGCAGUCUGCCAAGCUUCCUCUUUGGACAAUCUAUGGGGGGAGCAGUUGCUUUGAAGGUGCACCUGAAGCAACCUCAUGCAUGGAGUGGUGCGGUUCUUGUUGCACCUAUGUGCAAGAUUGCAGAUGAUAUGACUCCACCAUGGCUAUUGGCAAAAAUACUUAUAGGGAUGGCAAAUUUUCUUCCAAAACUGAAGCUAGUCCCUCAAACAGACUUAGCUGAGGCAGCAUUCAGAGACAAGAAGAAGAGAGAACAGGCAGCUUACAAUGUCAUUGCUUACAAACAUAAACCACGUUUGAGGACUGCUGUGGAACUAUUGAGGACCACUCAAGAGAUUGAGAAAUUACUAGAAUCGGUUUCUCUACCCUUACUCAUUCUGCAUGGGAAGAAUGAUAAAGUAACAGAUCCAUCAGUGAGCCAAGCCUUGUAUGAGAAGGCCAACAGCAAAGACAAGAAGUUAAACCUUUAUGAUGAGGCUUGGCAUUCCCUUCUGGAGGGUGAGCCAGAUGAGAUGAUUCACAGAGUAAUUGGUGACAUUAUUUUUUGGCUUGAUCAACAUACAUAAUUAUAUAUAACAUUAUUAUACACACACAGACACGGAUUAAUGCACAAUGCUAUCCCUAUUGUGUAUGAUACCUUUAAUGGUGUAUAUAUUAAUGUAUUGUGAGAACUCAUGCAUAUGUUGAAGCAUGAAGUUUGUUUUAUUUUAGCAUCUAAAAAAUAAGCACUCACAUGUUGCACAUUCCCCAUCCAUCCAUAUUUAAUCUUGUAGUCAGCGCUUGUUUGGCAUUCCUUUACCAACCAAAUUUUCUACCAUAAAUCCAUACUUUGUUUACGGCAUCUGAAUUAAAGGAUAUUUAUUUAUUUAUUUAUUUAUUUAUCAUUUAUGUAUUUAUUUAUUUAUUAGUAGUAUAUAUUAAAGGAGUACUUUUCCUUGGUUUUGUGAUUUUGAUCAGGGAUGGUCAUGACCGACGAGGGCUUUAAUAAGAGAGAUAGACACAUGAAAAUUAAUAAAUAGAAUGCAUCUUUCCUUAUUUGAACGGUGAUAUAUGUCUUUAGAAAGAUAUAGUUGAUAAUGUCAAAUAGAAUGUUUAAAUGUAGACAUUGUUGGGAAAAAAGUUAACGAAAAUAGAUAUGUUAGCAAUACCUUACCCUUUGCAUACAAGAUUAUUAUGUACUCCGUAUAUCAUGUUUUUAUGGGAAUUCAUCAUAUUAGUUUCUUGAGUUUU